GCGGCGCCGCCGGGAACGCCAGGACGGACCGGGGUCAGCACCGGGGCUAGCACAGGCACUGGGAUCAACUCCGGGACUGACCGGUACCGGGAUCGGCACCGGGGCUAGCACAGGCACUGGGAUCAACUCCGGGACUGACCGGUACCGGGAUCGGCACCGCGGCUAGCACAGGCACUGGGAUCAACUCCGGGACUGACCGGUACCGGGAUCGGCACCGCGGCUAGCACAGGCACUGGGAUCAACUCCGGGACUGACCGGUACCGGGAUCGGCACAGAGCGCUCGGAUCCCUCCAAGCCCCGGCUCCGCUCCCGGGCAGCUCCAGGAGACGAACCCCGAUUGGAAAACCGGGAUAGAGCCCAAGACAGAGCCCAGAGCCAACGGAAACACCGGCAUGGGACCCGGCAGCACCGGGAUAAGAGCGGGAACAGCCGGGAGCGGAUCUGGGACCACCGGGCGUAGACCGGGAAGCACCGGGACGAGCUCUGGAAACACUGGGAUUCUCCUGCUCCUACUGGGAGCGGCGACGGUGACGGCGACACCGACCACAGCGCCCUCGCCGUGCGCCUCGGACCAGCUGCGCUGCGGAGACGGAUCGUGCCUAUCGCGAUCCUUCGCCUGCGACGGGGACCGCGACUGUCCCGACGGCGAGGACGAGCUGGGCUGCCCCUCCCCGCCCCCGUCGUGGCCCUGCGACCCCUCCUUCUUCACCUGUCGCGACGGGAGCUGCAUCGCGUGGCUCUGGCGCUGCGACGGCGAUCCCGACUGUCGCGAUGGGAACGAUGAAGAGAAUUGCGGAACCCCCCCGCCCCCCCGCCCCUGCCCCUCCCUGCAGUUCCCCUGCGGGUCCGGCGAGUGCGUCCACAGGCGGUGGCGCUGCGACGGGACCCCCGACUGUCGCGACGGCUCCGACGAGGAGGGGUGUGGCACGGCCCCCCCGUGCCCCUCCGGGCAGCUCCGCUGUCGCGACGGGCGCUGCAUCCCCGGGGCCCGGGCCUGUGACGGGACCCCCGACUGUCGCGAUGGUGACGACGAGGAGGAGUGUCCCGACGCACCGUCGUGUUCCCCCCCGCACCGGUUCCGCUGCCGCUCGGGCGAGUGUAUCGCGACAGCGCAGGUCUGCGACGGGCAGCGCCACUGUCGCGACUGGUCCGACGAGCCGCUCAAGGAGUGUGGGGUCAAUGAGUGCCUGGCGGGGAACGGGGGCUGCUCCCACGGCUGCCGGGACCUGCGAGUGGGCUUCGAGUGUCUGUGCCCCCCUGGAUUCAGCCUGAACCCCGACAACCGGACGUGCCACAGCCCCCCCGGGACCCUCCUGGUGAGCACCAGGCACGAGGUGCUGGCGCUGGGGGGCCCCGAACCCCAAACCCUGCAGAGGUCCCUCAAGCACGUGGCUGCACUGGACAUUGGCGUCGAGGAGGGGUCUCUGUUCUGGGGGGACCCCAGCGAGGGGCUCAUCUACAGAGCCCCCCUGGCCCCGGGCCCAGCGGUGCCCCUGGGGGUGGUCCCAGGGCCGGGGUCCCCAGCUGGGAUCGCCCUGGACUGGAUCCACCGGCUCCUGUACUGGACCGAGCCCGGCUCCGGCCGCGUGGCCGUCAGUGACCGCUCGGGGACGCGCCACCGGACCCUGCACCGGGACCCCGACGCACGGCCCUGGGGAGUGGUCGUGGACCCGCUGAACGGGUACCUGUACUGGUCGGACUGGGGAUCCCGCCCCCACAUCGCCCAGGGGGCCCAGGAUGGAGCCCCCCCCAAACUCCUGGUGACCGAGGACAUGGAGCGGCCCCAGGGGCUGGCCCUGGACCAGUCCUCCCAGCGCCUGUACUGGACCGAUGGCCGCCUCCACACCGUGUCCAGCGUGGCCCUGGAUGGGAGCGGCCGCCGGACGCACCUGAGGGACCCCCAGCACCUGGCGCAGCCCUUUGGCCUCGCUGUCUUCCAGGACUGGGCCUUCUGGACCGACCCCCACCAGGGCUCCCUGGUGGCCGCACGGCUCCAGGGGGGCUCCCCCACGCCCCAGGUGGUGGCCCAGGAGCUCUUCAGCCCCGAGGCCGUUGUGGUUCUGCAUCCGGGGAGGCAGCCGGCAGGCCCCAACCUCUGUGAGGGUCCCGGAGGUCUCUGCUCCUUCCUGUGCCUCCCCUCCCCUGCCCGCGGCCCCGGCUCCCCCCGGUUCAGAUGCGCCUGCCCAGACGGGGAGCACCUGGACACUGACGGACACACCUGUGUCACAGAGCCCCCCGGGACCCCUGAGCUCCUCCCCCGGAACUUCAGCAGGGAGGGAAAUGCCUCGAGAGGUAACGGCGCUGCUCCCGACCACGCCCACCGGCCACACCCAUCGACCACACCCACUGGACACACGCUGACCACUCCUGUCCCCACAGGUGCCCUCGGCCAGACGGGGGGACCUGGGGGGGCCCGGCCAGGAGUGACAGCACUUGGGGUCCUGCUGCCACUCGGGCUGGUGCUGUGCCUGGGGGUGGCAGCAAGGGCGCUGUGGCAGGGAUGGCACCGUCGCAACACCAAGAGCAUCAGCUUCACCAAUGCCACCUUCCGGAAAGGGCCCGCGGACCCCCUUGAUGGGGGGGGGCUCGGGGACCCCCUGCGGCCGCUGACAUCAGAGGACGACGAGCCCUGAGGAUCUGGGGAGCCAAGACCCCCCCAGAGCCCCCUGGGGUGGGGGGGCUGCAGGCCUGAGAGCCGGGCUGGGGGCGGCCACACCUGGGAGCAGCUGUGUGCGUGUGGACGCACGUGGGCAGACAUCUGGAUGCACCUGGACACAGCUGGGAAUAGCUGUGCACACCCAGACACGAGUACAGGCACACCUGGGAACACCUGUCAAUGCCCAGACACACCUGGACACAUCUGUGCACACCUGGACACAGGUGCAGACACACCCAUGCACACCUGUGCACACCUGGACAUGGCUGUGCACACCCGGACAUACCUAUGCAGACACACCUGGACAUACCUAUGCAGACACAGGUGCAGACACACCUGGACUUACCUAUGCAGUGCUGUCCAUGCUUGUUCACGGCUGUCCAGGUGUGCUGAGUGACACCUGUACAAGUCUGGGGUUUUUUUACCAAAAUACUGUGAAUUUCGCCCAGAUUGAGGCCCUGGGAAUCGGGCGGGGCUGAGGGGACCGGACGCCUGCCCUUGGCAAUAAAGUUUUAUUUAUUGA